GAUGUAGCAAAGCUGCUCUGCCGGGAGGUAAGUGUCAGGGUGCAGACCAGACGUAGUCUCAACACUCAGUCCAUAAGGAUUUCACCGGGAUGGACAACAUCUACCACCAGGACAGCGUCCGGCCGACAAUCACGCAGCUGGACCCGAUAACGCAGUUCAUCCGCAGCAUCUACAACAUUGGACUGAUCUUCAUCGCAAUUACGGUGGGCGCCUGGCUGCUGCUCGUGCUGACCAAUACUCACCUGCACACGUACCUUCCGUUUCCCAGCUACGUCCUGGCCGCCAUUGUCUUCCUGGUAAUAAUGUGCAUGCACUGCAUCCCAAGGUUAUCCUACUACUGGUUCACCAAGUGGUUUCUGGCUAGCGUGGUGGUUGUGUGCACCACCUUGUUCGGCACCUAUCUGAUUGACGACUUGACCACGUUCGUCAUCAUUGGCGUGAUGAUCGGCGUGGCGCUGAUCAUCCUGAUUCUCAACUUCGCCGGUGCCAUGUGUCCGCAGGAGUUCCUGCCCGGUGGUGUCUGUUCCACGCUGCUAAUGAUGGCCCUGCUGUUGUGCUUGCUCAUCGUUGGAAUCGUCCAGAUUUGCACCGGAAAUGUGUUCGUACUCGAUGCCUUCGCUAGCAUUUUGUUCGUGAUGGUGGUCAUAGCCAUUCCCAUCCAGGCGCAGCUCAACCACUGCCGCCUGGACACCGUGGAGAUAGUUCCCAAGGAGCACCUCAUGGUCUGCACCCUGACCUUAUACCUGCACUCCAUGAUCUUCUUCUUCUGCGUGUGCUACUUCAUCCUGGUCGAGGAGAGGAAGGAGGCCAUCCGGCAAACAUCGGAAGGGCCAAAAAUCUCACUAGAAAAUGAUUUUGAUUGAGCGAAGUCGCGCUGCCAUCCUGUGAUCGCAACUGCUUAGCGAUCUGACGAGUGAGUCAGUGUGGAUCUGUAGACCAAAGGACACUGUCUUCCAGUCUAAUCACUGCGCUUGGUAUAGCGUUGUUGGCACAGAAAAUACAAAUACUGUCUCAAUGUAAGGCAAUUAAAAUGAAGUGAGAGCACUUGAAAA